AUGCAGCCUGUACCACCAGAGAAAGAAGGGCUCUACGACACGGAGCUCCGUAAAACGCACGGCGCGGCCCAGAGCCUUCCACAGCCCUCUCCAGGCUCCGCCGACACCGUCACAAACCUCGAUUCGGACGACCUAGACGCUUUCAUCCCACCCGCACAUUUACCAGCAACAGGCACCUCCCCACCUAGCCUCUUCCCACACCCAACCUACACCCCCGGGAUCCCGAAACCGUCCAACUCAACCUACACGCGCACGCUCGUAAUCCCUAAGACCGACACAGAAGACGUCUCCUGGGCGCGCGGCCUCCUCGCAGCCGAUCCCCACCUCACUGUCGCCGUCUACGACGUCUCGCACCCCACCUCCCCCAGCGACGGCCUCCACGCCAUCCCCCAGAACAAGGGCCACGAAGUAAUGACCUACCUAACCCACAUAAUCACGCACUACCACAACCUGUCCGACAUAACCCUGUUCAUGCACGCCCACGCCAUCGCCUGGCACAACAACGACCUGUUGCUCUCCUCCUCCGCCGCAAUCGUAACGCACCUCUCCUCGCCGCACGUCGUUCGCCAGGGCUACUUCAAUCUGCGCUGCCACCAGGACCCCGGAUGCCCGGCGCACAUCCACACAUCCGGGAACCGCAAGCCUGGCCAGCCGGGGAGACAGGAUGGUGAGGAUGACGCGAACAGGCCUGAGGUGCGCAUCUUUGCGCAGGUGUGGGAGGAGAUUUUGCCGGGGGAACGGCUGCUGGAGGUGCUGAGUCAGCCGUGCUGUGCGCAGUUUGCGGUGUCAAGGGAGAGGAUCCGCGCGCUCCCGCUCGCGCGGUACGAGUUUUUUCGGGAGUGGUUGCUCAACACGAAAGUCGAGGAUCGGCUCAGCGGGAGAGUGUGGGAGUAUAUAUGGCAAUUUAUCUGGAUGGGGGUUGCGGAGUUGUGUCCGGUGGAAAGCGUGUGCUAUUGUAAUGGGUAUGGGGUGUGCUUUGGCGGGGAGGACAAGUAUCAGGAGUAUUUUAAGAAGAGGAAGGAGGCAAGGGAGAUUGAUAAGAUCCUUGCGGAGAAGAAAGAGGGAGGAAAGCUCAUGGAGGCGGGGGAGAAGAUGUUGAGGGGCCGAAUUGAUCUGUUGACCACGGAGAUGGAGGUGCUGCGGAAGGAGGCGAUGGAGCGGGGCAAAGACCCGAGGAAUAGGGCGAAGGAGGCGGGGAGGCCGUGGAAGGAGGGGGAUGGGUUUUGA